AUGUACAUGGUUCAGCCCAAGUUCAACUCUGACUCUUCUCGUCGUGUCGACGUCGUUCAUAUUGACAGUCUCGUGCGGGCAGCUCACCUUAUUCCUCACUUCGGUACAGGCCACGUCCCUGAGGAGAUGCAUUGUUACGACUCAUACGACUCGUACGAUAGCUUCUAUCUCAACAGAUUUGUCGAUCAUCACGCAUUUGAGAUUGCUUAG